AAACAGAGCCAAAGGUAAGCUGUGAUCACUUCAGUACCCGAACCUCCACAUCGAACAUGUCGCCUAUCGGCCGCUUUGUUCUGCUGCUUUGCGCCUGCUGCGUUUAUUCGCAGGAUUUUAUGGAACCCAGCGUGAAUGUUCUGAGCGAAAUUGCAAAAAUAAGGAGCCUGGAGGAAAGAAUGAAAAACACAGAGGAAGCCUUACAGAGACAAAGCAACGUGGUGACUGAGCUGACAUCAACACUGAGAGAUGUGAUGAAUGAAAAUGCAGUUCUGAAGACCACACUGCACACACUGCAGGAAAACAUGGAAACUCUGAAGACUGCAAACGAAGGCAGCAAGGUGGCCUUUUCAGCGUCGCUUUUAGCUUCGGGAAGUGGACAUGAAGGCCCGUACCGAGACGUCCCGUCGCCGCUAAUCUACAAAAAAGUCGUGACCAACUACGGAAACGGCUACGACUCGAACACGGGGAUUUUCACGGCACCGGUGGGAGGUGUUUAUUAUUUCCGGUUCUACGCUCACUGUCAUGCCGAUACCCGCAUGGCGGUGAGUCUGUACAAAAAUGGGAACAUUCAGUGCUCCGUGUUUUCCUGGAAGCCCAUCACCAACGGCAACGCCGGCAAUGGGAUCAUUCUGACUCUGGAGAAAGGAGAUCAGAUGUUCACCAAGCUGUGGCAGAACUCCUGGGUUUAUGACGAUCCGGCGAGCUACACCAGCUUCGGCGGUUUUCUACUUUUCCCCCUGUGACCCUGUUGCCCAGGGUGAUACCCCAUUAAUGGGGCAGGUGUUUUACAGGGUUGAAUUACACUCAGAUUACCUUAGCAGUGUUGUAUUGUACUUCACAAACACACAAAAAAUAAAAUAAAAUCACGAGUACUGACGUA